CCUUCUGGUUGGGACAUUCUCCCCGCCUCCCCCAACUCCUUAUUUGGUUGGCUUAUUCUUAGCCUUUCUAUCUCAGUUUAACUGCACUUCCUUGGAAGUCUUCCCUGACUUUCCCACUUAGAGGAGACCCCUUAUCACUCUUUUCCAUUGUUUUUUUUUGUAGUUCUUAUCAUUAAUUACAAUUAUGCUUACUUGUCCUGCAGGCUCACCUUCAGCCUAAAGGAAGGGAGAAAGAGGAGGUGAAGGACAAGCAAUUUCCUUAUAAAAUAUGAUUUGAAAAUUGCUCACAUUUCUUCUGUCUACAUCUGUUGACCAAAAUUUUGUUAUAUGGCCACACGUAGCUGCAAGGGAUACUGAUUUCUUGUCACCCCGGUAGACAUAGACCACCGUAGGAAUUCAAUAAAUAUUUGAUGAAUGAAUGAAUUAAUAGCUUCCUUCUAUGUAUUGGGAUGGUACAGCCAUAGUCUGCUUCUGUCUGGUAGUGCAUAUAUCCACUUUCUUUAUACUUCACUUUCUAUUGUUUUUUUUGUCCUCUCUUUUCAGUUGAGCAUCAUGAAAGAUGAGCCAGAAGAGGCUGAGCUAAUUUUGCAUGACGCUCUCCGUCUUGCCUAUCAGAGCGGUAACAACAAGGCCAUCACCUACACUUACGAUUUGAUGGCCAACUUAGCAUUUAUACAUGGUCAACUUGAAAAUGCGGAAAAACUUUUUAAAGCAACAAUGAGUUACCUGCUUGGAGGGGGCAUGAAGCAGGAAGACAAUGCAAUAAUUGAAAUCUCCUUAAAGCUGGCCAGUAUCUAUGCUGCUCAGAAUAGACAGGAAUUUGCUCUUGCUGGCUAUGAAUUCUGCAUUUCAACUCUAGAGGAAAAAAUGGAAAGAGAAAAGGAACUAGCAGAAGACAUUAUGUCAGUGGAAGAGAAAGCCAAUACCCGCCUCCUCCUGGGCAUGUGCUUAGACUCCUAUGCCCGCUACCUUCUGUUCACCAAGCAGCCAUCACAGGCACAAAAGAUGUAUGAGAAAGCUUUGCGGAUUUCUGAAGAAAUACAAGGAGAAAGACACCCUCAGGUCUCACAGCAGAAUCACGUGGGGAGCUCUUUGAAGAUAUGCGUGCCAGGCUGCAUGCAUACAGCAGGACCCUGCAAGGGUACUUCAAACGACCCCAGUAAUUCUGAUGUGCACCACUGGUAUGAUAGAGGAACCAGUGACCUGUGUUCCAGUCCUGGCUUUUUGAUCUGUGGUAAUAAUAUCCUCAUUUGUAAAGUGGGGAAUGAACAAGAUUCUCUCUUAACCAUGGGAGUAGGUGGUCAUAUGGCCUUUAAUGAACAGACUGCUGUGUUGAAAUAGCUUUAUCACCCUGCCUCAGAGUAUAUCAGUACAAGAUACAUACACCCCAGCAGUCUUGCAAUAGCCCAUUUGCUUAGGGGAAAUGAGUUUUUCUAGGAAUGUUCCACUAAAGAACACUGGUAAGCUGGUGGGGGUUGGGUGUGAGUAGACUGAUAGACUUGUUUUUGGUUCCUGUGUACAUACUGGAAGACUUACUUUCAGAAUAAACUAGCGACUGUAAAACAAUGUUGUAUGUAUUCAGUAAUCCCUGAGUUUCUCACAAAAAAUAACUUAUUGAAAAUCUAAUUAAAGUACUACAAGCCCUGAGGUCCAAAUCCUCAGGGAUUAGACUAAAAUUAAAAUUUUAUAUUUUGCCGAUGUAAAUUUCUUCUCACUUUCUAAGCGUAUGUAGAUAUUACUUAUUUACCCAGCUAAUUCCUUUAAUCACGUCUAACUCAGGGAGGUAAGCUAUAUCAGAAAUCAGAUUGAGUUUUAGUGCAGCUCAGUCUUAAGUUUACCGUUUUUUUUUUUUUUAAUGUCAAUGAUUCACCUUCUGCAACAGAAUGAAUUUUUACUUUAUCACAAUUGCAGCUGUUUUGUUGGGAUACUGGAAGUUAGGUUUUUCACUCCAGGUUUUAUUUAAGAAUUUUAAUCCUCUACAGUGAUGAAGCAUAUGAUUCUGGUGCUGGAAAAACGACCAAGUUUUCAGAAAGACAGUCUUUUCAUCUGGGUGGUCUCAUUACAGUUCAUUUGCACCGCUGUAAAACAAGGUAGCAAAGCAAAAGGAGAACUGAUCCCUUUUACUGAGUGGUCUGAAUCCAGAACUGUCAUGUUAAAAAUAAUGUGGUUUAGAUUUUUGAACUGUACUAUGUCACUGGAGUUUCUCAGGGCCUCAUUAUUUCUAAAAUGGCAUCACUCAGCAUACCAAAAUUAAAACAUACAUUUUCCAAUCAUAAACAUGUAGCUUCAGAACACUGAAAUCUUGGCCUGCAGAGAGUAUUACGCCUUCCUUGGUUUACAGCUCGAUGUUAACAAGUCACCAGGCACUCCCAGUCUGUGUGUGACCUUCACACCCUGAGGUGGUAAGCAGGUAAGUAUUCUGUCACUAUUUUGCACUAAGAAAUGAUCUUGGGUUUGACCUCCCCAUUCUCUGUAGGUGAGGGUGGGUGAAGUGACACACAGGCACUGUGGCAAGGGUGGGGGAGACAAACAGCAGCUCCCCCAGGGGUCCGCAAGUAGAAAUGCAGAACCAACAAGUCAGGCUGUUACCUGAUGUGUUCUCAAAAACUGUUCUGACUUGGAAUACCUUAAGAUCCUUAAGGUUAUAGAAAAACAAUUAUAAUCUCUUUUUGGUCAGUUGACAAUAUAAUUUAGAAGUGAACUCUGAAUUAUCAGUACCUUAAAAAAAUUGCAGCAGAAACUUUCAAGAGGUAGAGCAGUCUGUGUUUUUUCAUCUAUAUUAAAAUUAUAUGUAUGUGUGAACAUAUAUUUAUAAUAAAGUGAUGCUAAGUUUCCAGGUAGUAGGGACUCUGACUCCCAAGCCUGAUCUCAAGUUUAUUUUGAGGACCUCAAGUACCAGAGUGGUACAGUUACUGGAGUAGAGGCUUAAACUGAGGAAAACAUGAGCUUAUGCCUUAUCACUGUCACUUAGUAAUUAAUUAUACGGGCAAAGUACUGCAUCUGUGUACUUAUCCACAGGGGAGGGAUUAAACAUCACCAGUACAGGGUUUUGACAGGAGGUUCUUGAUAAUGCAUGUAAAGCAGUUGUAACGGAGGCACUCAGUCAGCUGCCAAUCCGAGAGCUGCUUUCUAUAGCGGCUUGAGAACAUCUGUUAAAAAGUUUAAGUCUACUUAAAACUCUCUGAAGUGCUAAUUUUUAUCAUCCUGAGAGACCUCUGUUUCUCCCCUUUCCAAUCAAUCAUCAGUGGCAUUCUAAAACGAUUAGUAUCUAAGGGAAGGAUAAUUUGAUAUGCUUCAGUUGUAUGAAAAAAUACCUAAAAGCAAGCAACUACCAAAAUUAGUUUAAAAUUCAGUCUUUGAAAUUUUUUGCGCCUUGAGAAUCAGUGAAAUGAAAACAUCCAACAACAAAUUCUUGCCCACAAGGAAUAAAACUGUAAGUGCUGGCAUGUAGAAGUGGGAAAAGGACCUUAUGUUCACCUGAAAUCUAAAUCUGGCAAUUCUACACAGAUCAUUAUCUUUUAAAUCAGCCAAUUAACAUAUCAGACUAAAGAAAAACAUUGUUUUUCCCCCCUUUGAAACCUGAGACACCAAAAGCCUUAAAUCACAAAUAAUCUACUGUAGCUAUGGACAGGGUAGUCAAAUUUAUUUCAAAACAAAAGCUCUGUUGGGCUGCAUCCAAUGCAGGAGAAAAGGCGUACUUAGAGGCCUGGUUAAAUUCCCCAUGUGCAUGAUACUGAGGUGUGCAUCCAGUGAGCCUUUACAACUUGAAAAACUGAGCUGUAACAUACCAUGCAGUCAUUAUUUUUUCAGUGUUGCUAAUUUAAAAAAAAAAAAAAAA